AUGUCCUGCGCGCUUGAAUACAAGGCCCACGUGGCCAUCAUCACGAUUAAUAACCCCAGUAAGCUGGGUGCGUUGACGAAAGACAUUCGUAUUCAGCUAGGCCAUCACAUGCGCGCCGCCGCGGAGCAGCAAAACGUCUACAUCACCCUGCUAACAGGCACUGGGCGCUUCUUCUCUUCAGGCGCUGACAUCAACGAGACCCGCGACGGUCCCAGCCACGACGACAGCCGACGCCACCACGUACACGAGAUGGCCGACAUCCUCGACCUGGCACAAGCGUUCUACUCGCAUUCUAACAUCCUCGUCACGGCAUUGAACGGUCCCGUGGCGGGCCUGGCGUCUGCGCUCGUUUCCCACUCAGACUUCAUCUACGCCGCACCCCACACGUACCUGUUCGCGGCGUUCAACUCUAUCGGCGUCGUGGUCGAAGGGGCCGCCACCAAGUCCAUGGUCAACCGCAUGGGAAGGAGUCUAGCCAACGAGGCGUUGCUAAUGGCGCGGAAGAUCUCGAUCGAUCGACUGGUCGCAAGUGGGUUUGUGAAUGGUGUCUUUGAGGCUGACGCGCUUGGGGGCGAUGCCGAACAGUUCACGCAGCGAGUGUACGAUGAAGUUUGUGUGGGACUGCUCGGCUCGCAUCUGAGCUCUGCGAGCGUUCUGGCGACCAAGCAGAUCAUGUUGCGGUCUGAGCGGGUCGAAUACGACGCUCAUUCUGUCCGGGAGCUGUUAGGGGGCGUGGAAGCGCUUCAGCGAGGUUAUCCUCAGGAGCAAUUUCGCAAGCUGCAGAAGGGAGAAAAGCGCCAUAAAUUGUAG